UGGGUAGUGUUUUUCUUUUAUAUUCCAGGAAGGGGCACAAUCUUCUGCCUUGUGACAGAUACCAAGUAUGGCCACCAUGUGUUGCUCCAGGUGCUCCUGCCAACAGCUACCUGCAGAAAGGAUCACACAGACACCAACACACGUUGGCUUGGGCUGUCCUCUGGCAGAGAAGUGCCCGGGGCCACAGAUGUUUUCAAACGUCCCUUGGUGUCAAGAGAUGCUCACCAUGUUUACCAAGGGUGCAGCAGAGCCUGGCCCCACAGCCCCUCAGAGCAUAGCUGCUGCUCCCAGCCUGGAUCAUUUUGGGGAGAGACUUGUCUCCAAUCCGAGUCAAGUGCCGGGCUUUGUGAGGAACAUGCACCAGAAGCUCGUGUCCGACGGGUCUCCAGACGACAGGCUGUUCAUGGACAUCCUGCGGCUGACUGAGGCACACCCCACCGAUGUCGCAGUGACCCUCCUGCGCUGUGCCCCAUCAUGUGACAGAGGUGCAGCAAUCAUGUGGAAGACCAUAGCCUCAUCAGGAACAACAGUGGAAAAGGUGCUGCCAACACUGCUUUGUGUGAUGGAUGGCUGGCCACUGCAAAAAAUGUACACCUCUGAUGGGGACAAUAAGGAUGUAUUUGCCCUGGCUGGAACCAGGGUGAUUUGGGAGAUGCUCCGCCUGCCCUGGUGCCCAGAGCCAUUUGUGGAAUAUUCCCCCCAUCUCCUUGUGGCUCUGCUCUGCCAAGUUCUCAUCACUACAGAGCAGAUGUCAGAGGACGUCCUGGAUUGCCUGGAUUUGAAUGAAUGGGGUAACAUCAUCCUGGAGAUCAUGACAAGGCACCUGCACAGCGAGUCCAUGGAGAGGUGUCGCCUGGCACUCAAAGGCCUCGUGGUCCUCAGCAGGGACCCCUCGAUGGCCAAAAAAAUGUGCGGCCUGUCUGAAUGCCUUGUGGAGCUACUGAAGAAUGAAGACACAGAGGUGGUUGAGAUGAGUCUCUCUGUGUUCACAAAUUUGCUCCUGAACAAAGAUAUCCUAACAUCCAGCCCCACAGCACCGAAACUGGCUGAUGCGCUCCGGCCCCUCUUUGACAAUGACAACAGCCAUGUGCAGCUGCUCUCAAUUCGCCUCUACCAAAAGGUGAUGGAAUCGGUAGUGGAAAAAGGAAAAAACCCCCUGAAGAUGCAUGUGAGCCAGAGUCUAACCAGCCGAGCGACCGAGCACCUGCGCCUGGCCCUGCCGUACCUGCAGAGCCCACAGGAGCCCCUACGAGAGGCGGCUGUCAGGUCCAUUGGGAUUGCCGGGAUGCUCAUGAGGGGACAGCCGGAGGAGCUGCAGCUCAUCUGUGAGGCCCUUCAAGCCCUUAGCACAGAUGACAGCCCCUCCAACACAAACCUGAUCGUUCGAGUCAUGUUCGAUGAAAGAGCUACAGCACUAAAUUCAUCUGAAUCAACACAACCAGGACAGCACCAGAUCCCAUGCAAGAGGAGACAUCCUGGAGAUCAGAGAAGAGCAACUGCAGCUCCAAGCACAGCUGAUGCUGGGCAGACCUGAGCUUGCCUUCCCUCUUUACUGCUCCCUGCCUGCAGCCCUCAGACCCUGCUUGUUCCCUUCUCCUUCU